AUAAUUAUUAUUAAUAUUAAUUAUAUAGCACAUUACCUCAAAACUAUUUUAUCAAACAAGUGUGAACGCAUUAAAGUAUAUCUAAUAACCGUUGGUGGCUUAAAAUUUAUGAUGGCUUGACAGUUGACGGAUAACAAAUGAAAAAUGUAAAUGAUAAUUAAUUAUUAUAAUAAAUAAUUUAUCGUCGGCCGUCGACGUUCAUUCUGACACACCGUCCCCCCCCGCCAUUUAUUUGCGUAUGGUAACGAUAACAAAUUUUAGCAGUAAAAAUUUUGACUACCAAUAAUGAUUGUUAUAUCAUUAUGUUCCUAUCGGACCCGUCCAAGUACAGACAUCAAAUGUUGAUCCGCAUAAAUGUUUUCCUGGCAUUGGUAAUAGGCAGUAGCCUGCUUUUGUUGGGAAUUAUCUAUUGUUUUAUAUCAAAUAAUAAUAUAUCCAAACAUGAAUUUCAAGUAUCAAACAAAAAGGAGUUUCAGAUUUUUGGAACUGCUGAAUCUGAAGACAAUAUAGAUCUUAUUAAUAAGCUAAAAAGGGACCUCGCUACCGCAAAUGARAAAAUAGAACAACUUGAAAACAAGAUGCAAGGGUUUGAAGAACGUAUCAAAAAGCCUUAUCCAAAUGUCAAAUAUUUAAACUACCGUUCAAAAAAACGUAUUCUAGUUACUGGUGGUGCUGGUUUUGUUGGAUCCCAUUUGGUUGAUAAAUURAUGAAAGCGGGUCAUGACAUUACUGUUGUAGACAAUUUUUUCACGGGGGUUAAAGCAAAUGUUGAACAGUGGAUUGGUCAUGCUAACUUUGAGUUAAUUCAUCAAGACAUAGUCAAUCCCCUUUUUGUUGAAGUAGAUGAGAUUUAUCAUUUAGCUUCACCUGCAUCACCUCCACAUUACAUGUUCAACCCAGUAAAAACAAUUAAGACUAAUACAAUAGGAACAAUUAAUAUGUUAGGACUGGCAAAACGAGUAGGUGCUAAAGUCUUGAUUGCAAGCACUUCUGAAGUCUAUGGUGAUCCUGAAGUACACCCACAACCUGAAACAUAUUGGGGGCAUGUCAAUCCAAUUGGUCCACGUGCUUGUUAUGAUGAAGGUAAAAGAGUUUCAGAAACAUUGAGUUAUGCAUAUGCAAAACAUGAAAAAGUAUCUGUUCGUGUUGCCAGAAUAUUUAAUACACAUGGGCCUCGAAUGCAUAUGAAUGACGGACGGGUAGUUUCCAACUUUAUAUUACAAGCACUUCGAGAUGAGCCGAUUACGGUAUAUGGUACAGGUAAUCAAACACGUUCAUUUCAGUAUGUGUCUGAUCUAGUGAAUGGAUUGAUUGCCUUAAUGGAUUCCAAUUAUACCCAACCAGUCAAUCUCGGAAACCCAACUGAACAUACCAUUAACGGUGGGCUUAAAAGAAGGUUUAAAAAUGACWAUUAA